AUGAUUGGAGCAAGUAAGAAGAUCUCCAGCGACUCGGAUACAAGCGCUGAUGAUAUCCAGCCAAAGUUGAGAAGCGGAACCGACCGCCCAAGUCCUGCGAACCGUGUCGCACACGAAAGUGAGACCCAGCUGCCAGGAGGUAGAGAUGAUGACACUGACUGGACCAGGUUGAAAUGCAACAGAAGUCUACCUUGUGACUCGUGCAUCAAGCGGAAUAAGCAAGCGCUCUGCCACUAUGCUUCCAACGCUGAUCGACACGAUAAGCGUGUCGAGAAGGCUGAAACUGUCGCUGACCGACUCAAGAACCUGGAGAGUCUGAUCGCCACGCUUUCCGACCAGUCCAGAUCAGAGGCUGUCGCCAACAGUGGCGGUGACAGUGUCUCUAGCGGCCUCAUGGGCCAAGUCGACUCGAGCCACUGGUCCUCGAUCCUCGAAAACAUCAGAGCUAUCCGCGAUGAGUUACCUGCUGCCAGCCCGCAGGCCUCGACUCUGAGUUCAGUCACCCUGAACAAUGACGCGUCCACCAAUGAAGUAGACUUUGACAUGGGAUCUCCCUCUGGGCUAUCAAUUGAGCAUAUCCUAUCAGCUUUGCCGCCACGACAGGUCUGUGAUACGCUGGUAUCUGUAUUCUUUUUGUCGCACUAUACCAUGAUGCCUAUCCUGCAUCCGACAAAGUUCCAACAAGAGUAUGAAUUAUUCUGGGACUCGCCAUCAGAAACAUCACCGGUGUGGAUAUCACUGCUCCUCGCUCUUCUCAGCCUAUCAGCAGGCGUCUACGAAAUCUCAGGCAUGGCGCGCUCUUCUCAAUUCCCUAUCCCGUCCAGCAAAGCUCUCUCCAAAAAGACUCAAGAAUGUUUGCUCCUGAGUAAUUACACCCCCGCCAAUGAAAAUGCCGUUGAAGCAUUUCUUCUCCUUCUCGUCGGAUGCUGGCUGCGUGCCAAAGUCUCCGAUACUAAUCUCUGGUUCCUCAUGGGCAAGGUAGUGCAACUUGCGAUCUGCAAGGGUUAUCAUCGAGAUUCUGCCAAAGUACCAGGCUCUAGGAUCUCUCCAUUUGACGGGGAGAUGAGAAGACGAGUCUGGGUCUGUUUGUAUCAGCUCGAUUCUCUCAUGUCGUUCCAGAUGGGUCUUCCAAGCAUGAUACCCUCAGACUUCUGUGAUACCGAGCUGCCGAGGAACCUGAACCAAUCUGACUUUUAUCCUGGUAUUGCGGAGCUUCCUCCGUCUAGGCCUCUUUCUGAGAAUACCACUAUCUCAUAUGCUAUUGUCAAAGCUUCUGUGAUGGGCAUGUUUAAGAAGGUGGUUAAACAUACUCGAUAUCUUACCCCGUUGUCCUAUGAAGAGACAAUCUCACUAGACGCUGAAGUCAGGGCAGUCUAUGACAAAAUACCCGAUAACUUCAAGUACAAGCCUCUUACUAGCUUCAUUGUCGACGAAAUUAGUAUCAUAAUGAGCAGAACAACCAUAGAGUUAUUGCACCUCAAGAGUAUUAUCGUUCUUCAUCGGCAAUACUUAACAGACAGGCAAGACAGCAGGUUUGCAUUCUCAAGAAAGGCCUCUCUCGAGGCCGCGGAAAGGUUACUUGAGAGACAGGCCGAGAUAAACCAGCUUACUUUGCCAGGUGGUUUGCUGCAUGAUAAGAAGUGGAUGAUCACGUCUUUGACACUGAGUGACUUUACUCUCGCUGCUAUGGUUAUCUGCCUGGAUCUCACCGUUGGUAUACGAAACAGUAUGCGAACGGGAACUAAUACGGAGGAAGAAGAAAUUCACAAGAACUUGAAGAUCAUCGAGAGGGCUCAUGAAAUAUGGUCGAGCUCAUCAGAUACCUCGGAGGGACGAAUAGUUUCUCACGCUCUAGACUCGACCAUCCGCCGCGUAAACGACUUCAUCAACACGUCAUCAGCUUCAAUGACUGCUCCGGGCUGGUCAGCUUCUGCAGCAACAGACGCAGAGACGCCAGACUAUAUAAUGAACAAUUUCGACAUGAUGGACAGCAUCGACUGGAGCCUUCUCGAUAAUCAGAUUCAAGACCCAAGCAGCAUUCAAGACUUUGAUUUAGAUAUGUGGCUUAUGGACACGGCUGGGCCUCUGGAAUCGUACUCAUGA